AUGGAAACCCGUGCAAGAAGUGCCAAUAGUAGGGGCAGGCAGCCGCAAAAUGAGGCUAGCGAAACCAACAACCUCAACGGGCAGUUCAUGCAGUUCAUUGAUGCCAUUCGCAACAUGACGCCACUUGCCACACCACCAGUUGCACAUCCCCAAAAAAACCUAAGAAACAAUGCUACCUUGGUUGAGCAGUUUUGGAAGCUUCAACCUCCAACUUUUGAGGGUGGGUUGGACCCUCUGGUAGCUGAAGAUUGGAUAGCAACAAUUGAACGGAUCUUUAAUCUCAUAGAUUGUCCAGACCCUAGGAAGGUAACUUGUGCUACAUAUAUGUUACAACAUGGAGCAAGGCAUUGGUGGGAUUCUACUGCCAGAUCCCGACCCCAGGGACAUGUAUGGACCUGGGAUCAGUUCAAGGAACUUUUUCUUAAGAAGUAUUACCCCGCUAACAUCUGUAACCAGAAGGAAGCAGAGUUCCUCAUGUUAAAACAAGGUAGCUUGACCUUGAUUGAAUACGAAAGGAAGUUUGAUGAGCUAUCACGUUUUGCCCCAGCCUUAGUGGAUACAGAACAAAAGCGGGCAAGGCGCUUUGAACAAGGGUUGAGAGAUGAUUUAUGGCAAGCAGUCGUAACUUUUGAGUUAGGCACGUAUCAUGAGGUGCUAGCUAAGGCCCAACUGGCGAACUUUAGAGAAAGCUCCAGCAGCAAUAGCAAGCUAUCACAGUCUGGACCACUAGAAAAACGUAAGUGGGAGGAUAAAGGUAAAGGAAAGCAGGAUUAUUCGAAGAAGAAUAAAGGAGGCGGUCCAACAUCAGGGUAUUAUCAACUGAACCCAGUGUGUGACAAAUGUCAGAAACGUCAUACUGGACUAUGUCUCAUGGGAACCGGCGCCUGUUACAGUUGUGGUGAAAUGGGUCAUAUUGCCAAAUUCUGUCCCAAGGUGGCUGAGACAAAAUACCUUCCCCGUGUCAUUUCAGCAUUAAAAGCCAAGAAACUAUUACAGUCGGAAGGAUGUAUUGGAUUCUUAAUGUCAGUGGUGGUUAAUGGAGGAAAAGAAUUAACAGUGAAUGACGUUAAAGUAGUAAAGGACUUUCCAGAGGUUUUCCCUGAUGACUUGAUUGAAAUGCCACCAGAAUGA